AUGUGUGGUGGUUCUAUCAUCGCUGAGUUUAUCCCUCACCGUCGUUCUCGCCCCCUCACCACCUCCGAACUGUGGCCUAACACGUUUGGCAAUCAGAAUGAACCGCAGUUCGUUAAUUCUCAUCCACAGCAUCAACAAUUAGUCCCUCUCAAGAGAUCUCACCCUUCUCAAGUGAACGAGCAAGUUGACAACAAGACAGGGAAGAGGCAGAGGAAAAACCUCUACAGAGGGAUUAGGCAGAGGCCAUGGGGUAAAUGGGCGGCGGAGAUUCGAGAUCCGAGGAAAGGUGUUCGUGUCUGGUUGGGAACAUUCAACACAGCUGAAGAAGCUGCUAGAGCUUAUGACAGAGAAGCUCGAAAAAUCCGUGGCAAGAAAGCCAAAGUGAAUUUCCCUAACGAAGAUGAUAAGUACUCCGUUGAAGUUAGUGUUAAUCCAGCACAACAACAAUAUGAUUAUGUCCCCAAAAGUUUGAAUUUGGAGUUUGGUUAUGAUCUGAAUCAAGUAGGGGCGUUUCCUUCUCAUGCUGCUAAUAGCACAGAACCAGUUUUUGAUGAAAGUUGUAGAUAUGGAUCGGGGUCGGAGGGUGCUUACUCGAAUAAUCUUGAAGAGGAGAAGGUGAAUGAGGAAGGUGAAAAAGUGAAGGAGUUAGUGAUUGUUGGAAGUGAAGAGGAAAAGAACCAAGUGGAGAAACUUUCGGAGGAGCUGAUGGCGUACGAGAAUUACAUGAGGUUUUAUCAGAUUCCCUACUAUGAUGGCCAAUCAGUUGCACUUGCACCCAAUAGCGCUCAGGAAAGUGUUGUUGGGGAUCUUUGGAGCUUCGAUGUUGAUGCCAUUCCUGCUUCUGUCACUUCUUCAUCAACCCUGUGA